GCAGUAGUUGGCAGCAUUUUACAGGUUAAGAACGGCUGCUCCAGUGACGCCUGCAGGUCGCGCCGCCGUCAUUGCUACAUCAUCGUGCUUAGUGUUUUUUUGUUUUCCGCUGGAAGGCGACUUGUUUCAGUAGGUUAUUGGCCCGGAAGGACGAACCGUAAUGUCGGCUGGGGAUAAGGAAAGCGAUAUCUUGAGCGGCUUUCAGCCUCCUUUUGAACAUUUUUCCACCCAGGCUCUUCAUGUGGGGCAGGAUCCCGAACAGUGGAAGUCAAUGGCAGUCGUGCCUCCAAUUUCCAUGUCAACCACGUUUAAGCAGAUUGGCCCGGGGAAACAUGCGGGCUUUGAAUAUAGCCGCUGUGGAAAUCCGACGCGGAAUUGUUUGGAGAAAGCCGUUGCAGCACUUGAUGGAGCAAAAUAUUGCUUGGCAUUUGCAUCUGGUCUGGCAACUACAAUGACUAUUGCUCACCUUUUGAAGUCUGGUGAUGGCAUUAUUUGCAUGAAUGAUGUAUAUGGAGGUACUAACAGGUACUUCAGCAGAGUUGCAUCUGAAAUGGGUUUGGAAACUUGUUUUGUUGACUGCACAUCAUUGAAGUGCCUGAAGGAAGCAAUUAAACCAAACACCAAGCUUGUCUGGAUUGAGACUCCUACUAACCCUAUGAUGAAUGUUACUGACAUCAAAGCUUGUGCAGAAGUUAUACACGAGCAUGGAGACAUCAUUCUGGUGGUCGACAACACCUUCAUGUCAGCUUAUUUCCAGCGUCCUUUGGCCCUUGGCGCUGACAUCUGUAUGUAUUCUGCAACAAAGUACAUGAAUGGUCAUUCUGAUGUAGUCAUGGGCUUGGCUUCCAUGAACCGUGAAGACCUUUAUCAAAAAUUGAAGUUCUUGCAAAACGCUAUUGGUGCUGUUCCAUCUCCAUUUGAUUGUUUUUUGUGUAAUCGUGGCUUAAAGACGUUAUCCCUUCGAAUGAAGCAACACUUUAAGAAUGCACUGGCUGUAGCCCAGUUUUUGGAGGCAGAUCCUCGGGUGGAGAAGGUCUUUUUCCCAGGUCUCCCUUCCCAUCCACAAUAUAAGGUGACAAAGCAGCAGUGCACUGGAACUUCAGGCAUGAUUGCUUUCUUAAUUAAAGGAAAUCUGGAAAAUGCCAAGAUAUUUCUUGAAAACCUAAAAAUGUUUUCCCUUGCUGAGAGUUUGGGAGGAUACGAAAGCCUAGCUGAGCAUCCGGCAAUUAUGACACAUGCUUCUGUACCAAUUGAGGAGCGCAAAGCAUUGGGGAUCAGCGAUACCCUAAUCAGAUUAUCCAUUGGUUUGGAGGAUGUUGCAGACAUCAUUGAAGACCUACAUCAAGCUCUAAAAGCUGCACAUCCAAACGUGGUGACACCUGCCAGAUAAAGCAACAAGUCACUUCACAAGUAAGCUGGGAGUGUCCCUUGGAAGAAAUUCAAAUACCAAGAGGGGAAGAAACUUCAAAAGAGGCAAAAAUUUUGAAUCAAUUACAAAGCUUAAUAUGUUACUUAAAUGCAGCGUCUCAAGAUGUGAUCUGAUUGUAAGAUAGAUGAAUAGUAAAUCUGUGCCUUUUUGAAAUUGUUUUCUCUGUGGCAUUGAAGAAUUGGUAUAUAUAUAAAAAAAAUCUUUCACUCAGGAUUGUUGGAGGAAAAAACAACCUUAAAACUAUUGUAAUAUUAAUGAAGACAAAUGGAUAGUAAUUAUUGUCAAUCAUUUGCCAGCAGCCUAGAAUAAAUUACGUGGAUGAUGUC